AUGGGGUCUUCGUUUUUGAGUGUAGUUGUAGGGAUGUUUACUCCCGCACGCCCGCGCCCCCCCCCCGCACGCCACAUCUCCCGCACGCCCGCGCCCCCGCACGCCACCUGCAGUCUGUGCCCGUUCGUCUCCGCCUCCGAUCCAAUCUUGCCGCGCCCCCCGCACGCCGCCGCCGUCGAGUUCGACCUGCAGACUGCGCCCGAUCCGAUCCCCUUCCGAUCCAAUCUCGCCGCGCCCCCCGCACGCCGCCGCGGCUGCAGUCUGCGCCCGAUCCAAUCUCGCCGUGCUCCCCGCCCGCACGCCGCCGCCGCCGCUGCCGCCGCCGUCGAGUUCCGCACGCCGCCGCCGUCGAGUUCGACCGCCCCGGCUCCUGGGACAUCCGUCGUCGCCUCCCCCCGGAACCUCUACAUCACCGUAGCCGUCUCCGUCGCCGUCGCGUUCAUCCGCGCGGGCUCUGUCGCCGUCCCCGGAAUUUCUGGCCUGAGAGGAGAUAGUGACAGGGCCCUGAGUGACUUGAAUUCAAAUGACAAAAGGCUUGAAACGAACAAGAAGAUGUGUGAAGCUUAUCGGAUGAAGAAAGACGUAACCAAGGGCGCAAAAAUUACAUCAGAUUUAAAUUCCAAGGAUGGUGCUUCUGAAGAACAUGCACACAUCUCUAGCACUGUCCAGCUUCUGCCUGCUAAUGAUUUAAAUUUCAAUGAUGGUGCUGCUGAACAACAUAUAGAAUGCGUCUCGUGCACUUCGCCAACCAACAAGCAUCCCCCCACUGAUGACGAAAAUGAUGCACCCAUCACCAGCACUCCUAUCGUUGAGCAUCCCGCCGAUUCGACCCCAGUGGGCACGGUGGAGUCUAAUCUCUCUGACGCAUAUACAGAUGUACCACCAGUAAUUGACUAUACACACUUGCCCGCAUGUGCGGAUACCUCAAGUGUGAGUGUAAAGUCCCGUAAGACACGAACCUUAACAGACGAUCAACGGGCCAGAAAAAAUAAACGUCGUCGUGAAUUAUACCAUGAGAAAAACCAAUCGAAGAAGCAAAUGAAGACUGGUGCAGAACGUAAUCGAGAUUACAAGAGAAGAUUAAAAGAUUUAUGGGAAAACAAUCUACACCCGGAAUCCAUCGCCAUGGAAAAUCCUCAAUUUAUCCCUCAAAUCAUAUUGCCCACCCAGGGUCAAUCCAAAUUAACUAUCGAAGAUAUUGAAAUUGAGUUGAAUAGACCGCCGCUCUUCGUUCCAUUUCCAGAUGAUCAAGGUUUAGACAACAACGAGAUUGAAAAAACCAAUGAAUUGCCAUUUGCACGCCAACCCCGACGACAGCGUGUUCCUCUCGGGGGGAGACAAAACCAUUUAGCCCGGCGCAAUCUCUUAUUUGAAGCCACAAUUGGAAGAAAGUACUUGGGUCCCCCCGAUGAGAUCCCCGAUGUGGCGAAUGAGAUCCCUGAUGUGGUGGAUGCUCUGACACAAUCUAACGUCGUUAACACUGGAUCAACGUACCCAAAACGAGUGCAUCACGCAUAUCCAGAGACACAAGAAUCCGUUGUUGGUGCAUCAAUCGUUGAGGAUGAUGGUGAUGAUGAUGUUGUAUUUGAGGAGGACGAGGAAGAGGACGAGGGCUAUCUAUUUGCAGGACAAGAAGAAGAAGAUGAAGUCGACGUGGAAAUCAACCUUGACGAUGAAGAUAACGGUGUGCCAGAUGUGUUGGAUCCUUAUGACGUGGUCUAUGCUAAUGUUCCAUCUGAAACACAUAAGUUAGAGGCGGUGGAGAAUUGCAAGCACUGCAAUGCUAAGAAGUUUGAGUACGAAACUCCAGGGUUUUGUUGUCGUAGUGGGCAGAUACAUUUAUCCACACCCGACACACCUCCUGAGCUUAUAAGGCUGUGGACGGCUUCAGAUGCUGAUGCAAGACACAUCCGUUCUAACAUCAGAUUCUUCAACAGUCAUUUCUCAUUUACUUCGCUAUAUUGUCACCUUGAUCGCAUGACCACGAACAUGCGUAAUGGAGGUGUAUACGUUUCGUGCCCAUGGUCAAAUUUACCAUAAUGUACGUUCAUUUGGUAAAGAGGAG